ACAAAAACAAAACAGACGACGUAAACUAACUAGAUAUGCUCUCUCCUGUGGACACAACGACACCACAGAAAGGUUCGUGAACAUGAGUUCGUUUAUGGGCAGAAUGAAGGAGUAUCCCACCGUUUCUCUGGACCGGUUCGACCGGGAGAACUUACAUGCCCGGGCAUAUUUCCUCUCCCACUGUCACAAAGAUCACAUGAAAGGACUGAAAGGACCAAUACUGAAGAGAAAGCUGCACUUCAGUCGUACAGUCAGGCUUUACUGCUCCUUUGUGACCAAAGAGCUUCUGCUGAGCAACCCCAAGUACUCUUUCUGGGAGGAAUACAUCGUUCCCUUAGAGCUGGAGAGCCCCACUCAGAUGUCUCUGGUUGACGAGGCCUCCGGAGAGAAAGAAGAGAUUGUGGUCACGUUGCUUCCUGCAGCCCACUGUCCCGGCUCUGUUAUGUUCCUGUUUGAGGGUUCCCAGGGUGCCGUGCUGUAUACAGGAGACUUCAGGUUUGCAGCUGGAGACGUCUCCAGAAUAGAACAUCUGCACUCUGGCAGCCGAGUGAAGGAUCUUCAGAGUGUUUAUCUGGACUCUACUUUCUAUGACCCACGGUUCUACCAGAUUCCCACUCGGGAGGUCUGUCUGAACGGAAUCUCGGAGCUUGUUGGAAACUGGAUCAGUCAGAGUUCAUAUCACGUCGUGUGGCUGAACUGUAAAGCUGCGUAUGGAUAUGAAUACCUGUUUACCAACCUGGGAGAGGAGUUCAACACACAGAUCCAUGUCAGAAGUCUGACGAUGUUCAAGAAGAUGCCGGAGAUCCUGAGCUACGUGACGACCGACCGCAGGACGCAGAUCCACGCGUGUCGACACCCGAAGGAUGAGGAGUUUUUACAAGGCAGCCGGCUGCCGUGCGGCUGCACAGCCCCCGACGGGACUCCUCUUCGCAUCAUCAGCAUCAAACCGUCCACCAUGUGGUUCGGAGAGAGGAUGAAGAGAACCAAAGUUAUAAUAAAAACAGGAGCCAGUUCCUACCGAGCCUGCUUCAGCUUCCACUCCUCCUACUCAGAGAUUAAACACUUCCUGUCCUACCUCCAGCCAGUCCACAUCUACCCCAGUGUUAUCCCUAUCGGUCGGACGCUGACUGAGGUGACACAGAUGUUGAUGCUGAUGUGCAGGAGCCGGUCUGACGAAGCAGCGUCCGUAUACAAACCUCUGGGAGUCCUCAAGCGCUACAUGGCGGAGCGACCUACAUACGACUCAGACAGCGAUGACGGGCUGUUUGACGGACGGGACCUCGCACCAGUGAGGAAGAAGACGGCGCUGGACCAACACAUACAGAACGUGAAAGCUCAGAGUCCUCAGAAGACAGCGCCCCCUGUGUCUGUGGUGGAGACGGUCACAGACGCUCAGCCUGGUGGUUGCAACUUUGUGGACUGCACCGAGUCGAAUGAUGAAGAGGAAGAUGAUCAGCUGCAGGAGGAGGAGGAGGAGAGCGAAGGAAAGGAGGAUACAAAACGGAUGAAGGAGGAGGAGAACGAAGGAAAGGAGGAUACAAAACGGAUGAAGGAGGAGGAGAACGAAGGAAAGGAGGAUGCAAAACGGAUGAAGGAGGAGGUGAACGAGGCGAUAAAAGAAACCGAGAAGAAGAUGAUUGAGGCUGAAGGAAGUGGCUCCUCCGAUCCUCCCAGAUGGGAUGAUUUCUUCACCACGGAGACGCUGAUUGACAGCCAGAACAGCCUCAACAGCCAAUUACAUUCCUGCUGCUCCGUCCCAAGCCCCGCCCCCUCCAAAAUGACUGGUUCACAGAGCCCCGAUCUGUUCGGUGACGAAGAGGAAACCCCACAUAACGAGGAGAACUUCAGUCUGACCCUCUCCGCCUCGCUGUCAAAUCAGUCCUCGCAGAACCUGGAUUCUUAUUUACCCGACACUCUGAUCCUCCAACCAGAGCAGGGGGGGCGGGAACAAGGUGACUCGUGGACCAAUGCUGUGUCUCAGGCGAAGGACAGCAACGGCCAAUCGGAGCUGGAGGAGCUCUCGGGGUCUCAGGUGUCGUCGGAUUUCGAUAUCCCCUGCACACCAGAGUCAAAAAUGCCACAAACCGACGAACUGUCGCAGUUGUACAGGAAGCUGGCGUCGGGAGAGGAAGUCGGGGCUUCAUGUGAAGGAAUGUUAAAGGACGGUUCGUUGGUGAGCCACACUAAUUCUGUUUGUCAUGCUGCAAGAUGAUAAACACAUAUGUGACACCAUUCCUCUGCUUCAGUUAAACCUCCACACCACACAUACCUCAGUAUGUAUGCAGCAACACACACACAUUCCAACAUAGAAGUAGGUUAAAAACACUUCCCUUGAAAUACAAUUCAGUGCGAUGGAAACAUGUUCAAUGAAGAGUGUUUAUGUGACAGCUGCAGCUGCAUUCCUUUAACCAUUUAAAGAUCAAUAGUUAGUUUGACUUUAAAACAAAUCAAAUGUUCAAUCUCGAGAGAAGUAACGACUAUUACAGAAUUGUGACAUUAUGCAACAACAUUUUACAUUUGAUGAAUAAACAUUUUUCACAUAAAGGUCUCUGUGUUCAUGUCUUUGUCUUUCAGCUUUAAACAUUUGAUCACUCAUUUUACUUUCUUAUUCCUCUAGCAGUUAAAGAAAUAAACACUUUUAAAGACACAGAAACAUACGGAGAUUUUAAAUAUCCAGUGUUUACAAUAACUCAAGUUAUAUUAAACCAAUAGCUGUUUUGUAUAAAUGCCCGAAGGAGAAGAUUCUCUGACGUCGUCUCACAGCAGGAACCACUUAAAGGUCCUUUGCUGUGUCCUGGAGACGCCAACAGUCUGCAGGUUCUCAGUUCAAACAAAGCAAACAGGUGAGCACUGAAAGGUUUAUCCUUCCUUUAUUAAGUUUAUACUGUAAAGCACUUUGUAAACUUUCAGGAAAAUGUUCUCUAAAUAGCCUCAUUAUUAUAAUAAAGAUGUACUUCACACAGUUGGACAAACAUUAAAUCACCGUUGGACAUCUUGCAGCCUCACCGGACGCAUCCUUCAGUAUGUGUUAAAUGUCGUCCUACGUGACAGUCAGUCCUCAUCGAGGAGAGCUACCACAUCUUCCACCUCCUGUCUGCCGUUCUGUGACAAUCAGCUGAUGGACCUUCAGUGUAACAGCUGCAGCCUCUUCAUGUAACCACCAUUAAACGGCCUGUUUCAUAUGUCUGUUUCCAUUAAAAGCACAAAAGUCUUUAAGCAGUUUGUCUCCACAGCCGGUGAAACCAGGUGGAGCUGAUCCCGUUAAAGUCCUCACAAUGGACGCUGGGAGAGAAGAUUGGCUCCGCUGGCUGCUGCUGUUUCCCAUUUGAGACUUGUGUUGCUGCUGCUGUGGUUGCUGGUGGCUGGUGAGGAGUUUCCACAGCCCAUCUCUCACCUGAGUCUGUAAAAACCACAGAAG